GGAGGAAACGUCGCGUUGUCCGGGAGUUCGCCUGCAGACGCGUGUCCAUUGGCUCGGAAUCUCUCCACGGCCCUCCCUUCACUGCUCAGCGGUGUAAUGGCUGCUUCCAAGGCCCAGGUGGCUGCUACCCAAGGGGAGGAGGGCGGUGAGGGCAGCCGUAGCCGAGCCGGGAGUGUCAGUUAUGGGGACAGUAAGGAUUGUAUCCUGGAACCACUUUCCCUGCCAGAAAGUCCACGUGGCCCCACCGUUUCAGAAGUCUCUCCAUCUGUUCCUUGUAUAUUCUGUGAAGAACACUUUCCUAUAGGUGAACAAGACAAACUUCUGAAGCACAUGGUUAUUGAACAUAAGAUUGUCAUAGCUGAUGUCAAGUUGGUUGCCGAUUUCCAAAGGUACAUUUUAUAUUGGAGGAAAAGGUUCACUGAACAGCCCGUUACAGACUUUUGUAGUGUGAUAAGAAUCAAUUCCACAGCUCCACUUGAGGAACAAGACAAUUAUUUUCUAUUAUGUGACGUUUUACCAGAAGAUAGAAUACUUAGAGAAGAACUUCAGAAACAGAGACUGAAAGAAAUUCUGGAACAACAGCAGCAAGAAAGAAAUGAUAACAGUUUUCGUGGCACUUGUAUGUUUUGCAAUGAGGAGUUCCUUGGAAACAGAUCCGUUCUUUUGAACCACAUGGCCAGAGAACAUGCUUUCAAUAUUGGAUUGCCAGACAACAUUGUAAAUUGCAAUGAAUUUCUAUGUGUAUUACAGAAAAAGCUUGACAACUUGCAGUGCUUGUAUUGUGAGAAGACCUUCAGGGACAAAAAUACACUUAAAGAUCAUAUGAGGAAAAAACAGCAUCGUAGGAUCAAUCCUAAGAACAGAGAAUAUGACCGAUUUUAUGUCAUCAAUUAUUUGGAACUUGGGAAAUCAUGGGAAGAGGUUCAAUUGGAAGAUGACCGGGAAUUGCUGGACCAUCAGGAAGAUGAAUGGUCUGAUUGGGAAGAACACCCUGUCUCUGCUGUUUGCCUAUUUUGUGAAAAGCAAGCAGAAACAAUUGAGAAAUUGUAUGACCACAUGGAGGAUGCACACGAAUUUGAUCUCCUCAAAAUAAAGUCAAAACUUGGGUUAAACUUCUAUCAGCAAGUGAAACUGGUUAAUUUCAUUCGGAGGCAGAUGCACCAAUGUAGAUGUUACGGCUGCCACGUGAAGUUCAAAUCCAAAGCAGAGUUAAAGACUCACAUGGAAGAGGCUAAACAUGCAUCACUGCUUCCUGAAAGAAAGACAUGGGAUCAACCAUUGUAUUAUUUUCCAACCUAUGAAAACGACACCUUACUGUGUACUUUGUCUGACAGUGAAAGUGACCUGACAGCUCCGAAACAAAAUGGAAAUAUUGCUAUCAUCAGUGAAGAUACAUCUAAACUGCACGCCUUGAAACAAAGCAGUAUUUUGAAUGAGUUGCUACCACAUGAGUGCUUGAAAAACUAGAAACUGCCACAGAAGCAGUUCUUCAUGUUUUUCUUUUAUAAAGCAGACUUGAAAAACUAGUUGAAAUUUGAACAUGAGCAAAAAAUUAGUCCUUGAUGAAAUAAAGCUUUUUAAAUAAAUGUUUUUUACAAAAAAUAAAACAGAAAAAUACAGUGAAGACUUUUUGAUAUUUUGGUGGUAAAGUUUUAUUAUGUACUCAUUUUAACUUAUCACAUUUCAUUAGACUCAUAAGACACAAAAAUCACGAUGAUAUGAAAUGAAAUAGUGAAAUGAAAUGUUCAAAUUAUGUAAGCCAGUAGCUUUAGUCUCUUCCCCACAGGCUUUCUUCAUCCAACAAGUCACAAAAUUUGACAGAUGUGUGUUUUCUGUACUAUAUUGGGUAAGCUAUAAAUGUAGUGACCAAAAGAGGAACCACAGAAGAAAGGAGAAAUAUUCAAAGAUCUGAAUAAUGCACAAAUUGGACACUCUUUCCGAAAGAUCAAGAUCUGACUAUAUUAUCAUUACAGCCUUCUGUCUAGAGUUAGCAAGUUCCCUAGAAAUGGACAUUAAGCCAAAUAACUUUUUCCCCUACAGUCUACAUCACUAGCAGAUAUGUACAAUUUUUAAAAACACAACCACAAUAUCAUUUAACAUCUAACAAAAGUAACAAUAAUUUCUUAUCAUAUGUUUUCAACUUCCCCUACUUGUCUCAAAAAUGUUAUUUUACAGUACUACCAGUUUUAGGACAAUUAUUGUAUGUGUCCUGGUAACAUGUGCUGAAGAGAAUAAAACAUCCCUCUUGAGGAUUCCUCCCCAAAAUGUAUAACAGGAAUAUAGAAACAUCAAACAAACCCAAAUUGAGGGAAAGUCUGCAAAGUAAUUGGCCUUUACUCUUCAAAAGUCAAACUCAUGAAAAACAAAGAAUGAAAGACUUUUCCAGAUUAAAGAAGACUAAAAAGAUAUCACAAUAUGUAAUCCUAGACUGGAUUCUGGACCAAGAAAAAAAUAUUUUCUGUUGCUUUAAAAGAUAGUGGGACAAUUGGCAAAAUUUGAAUAAAAUCUGGAGCAACUGUUGUGGUAUUGGUGUUAAUUUGCAGAUUUUGAUCAUUGUACUGUGGUUAUAUAUAACAAUGUCCUAGUAUUUAAAAUUCAGACUGACAUAUUUAGGUUAAAAGAACAUUUCAUUUGCAACUUUUAAAAAACUAAUAUGGACAUGUAUAGAGAGAAUGAUGAAGUAAAUUGUGUAGUAGUAAGAUGUUAACAUUUGGGGGAUCUAGGUGAAGGUAUACAGGAAUUCUCCUUACCAUGGCAACUUUUCUGUAAGUGUAAAAUGUCUUUUUAUAAUUGGUAUGUUUAAAUCAGUCCAAGUGAGAUCCAUAAUACAUUGCAUUUGGUUGGUGUGGUCCUUAAGGGUCUAACAAUGUACUAUAAUAGUCUGUGCUCCCUUUCUUUGAAAUGCCAUUUAUUUAUUAAAGAAACUGGGCCUUUUGUCUCACUUUCUGAA